UUUUUCACUUUCCAUAAUGUUCUAGCCGGCGUACAUUACACGUCUUAAAUAUAUAUAUAUAUAUAUAAUAUAUAUAUAUAUAUAUAUAUUUCGACGUGGACGCAUAUGGAAGCCGUCUGUCUUUGAGAGGCUGAGAAUCUCUGCCCAGUGAAGGGAGACCCCCCCAAUUGUUUCCUGCGCCAAGAACUGUUAAGACAUGGUCACUACACCGCAUCUGUGAUGAACAGCGAGCAGUGAGCGUGAGGAAACUGUCAGAGGAUGUUCCUGAUCUGAAGGAGAUCCGCAGAGCCAACUGGUGCCCAUCAUGUCUCACCACCAACACUACCAGCGAGGCCCCCACGGCCGCACCAUGAGCUCUGAGGAUAGGAACUUCACGCCAGUCAACAAAUCUUCCACGCCGGUUCACAAGAGCGUCUCCUCCUCUUCUUCUUCCCAGCGCGACAGCCGGCAGGAGGCAGACAGCUGGGAAAUCAUUGAGGGGCUGAAAAUCGGCCAGAGCAACGUCCAGAGGCCCGAUAAACACGAGGGUUUCAUGUUGAAGAAGCGGAAAUGGCCCCUGAAAGGCUGGCACAAGCGUUUUUUUGUUCUGGAUAAUGGUAUCCUGAAGUACUCCAAGUCCCCCAUUGAUAUCCAAAAAGGCAAACUUCAUGGCAGCAUUGACGUCGGCCUCUCAGUCAUGUCCAUCAAGAAGAGAGCCCGUCGCAUCGACCUGGACACCGAGGAGCAUAUCUAUCACCUGAAGGUCAAGUCUCAAGACAUCUUUGAUGCAUGGGUGUCCAAGUUGCGUCAUCACCGGCUUUACCGACAGAACGAGAUUGUGCGAUCUCCCCGGGAGGCAACCAUGCGAACGUUCCCCCCCCCCCACAGCUGCCAUGGAGUCCCCAACCAUGCCUCCAGUGUGGUACGUGACGCCAAGCAGGCCAAGCCAAGCAGCUUGCCGUGGCAGCCGGUGGCCCCGAGUAGCAACAGCAGCCUGCCGGCCUCUUACAGUAACGGCCAGAGCAAGGUGGUUGCUUGGCUGCAGGAAUCAGAGGAGAUGGACAAGUGCGCCGAGGAGCUCGCACGAUGCCAGUCCAACCUGACUGAACUGAGCCGGCUAUUGCAGAGUUUGGAAAUCCUUCAAAGGACACAGUCGGCGCCCAACUUCACAGAUAUGCAGACCAAUUGUGUAGAAUUGUCAAAGAAAGAAAAGCGCUUGAACAGAAGAUGGAGAACAAAAAGUGUCGGCAAAGAUGCAAAAUUCCAGCUUCAGGUCCCUCUGUCUGCCAGUAUGUCCCCCGUCCGCCUCCACUCAUCCAACCCCAACCUGUGUGCCGAGCUGGUGGACUUUCAAGCCCCCGUGUCCCGGCUGACAGACAGUGUAGAGUGUGCCAGUGACUACAUUAAACUUCAGGAGGAAUUCUGCACCAUCGCCCAGAAAGUGCACUCUCUUCUGAAGUCGGCCUUCAACACAGUGGCCAUAGAGAAAGAAAAGAUCAAACAGAUUCUGUCUGACCAGGAGCAGUCGGACCAGUCGGCCCAGAUCAACUCUCUCAGGAAGUCUCUGUCACAGGCCCUGUCCCAAAAUGCAGAACUUCGAACCCGACUCAACCGCAUCCACUCUGAAUCUGUCCUGGCUGAACAAGUUGUCAGUGUGAACAUCAUCUCCACGCCUGAUGAGGCUGGAGAACAGAUGGGGAUCCCUCUGACUCAGCAGGCCUCUAAUGAGAGUCGACUCUCCAUGUCAGAGUCUGUCUCUGAGUUCUUUGAUGCCCAGGAAGUGCUUCUGUCAGCCAGCUCGUCCGAGAAUGAGGGCUCAGACGAUGAGUCAUAUGUCAGCGAUGUGAGCGAUAACAUUUCCGAGGACAACGCCAGUGUGACUGAUAAUGUCUCCAGACAAAUGGCCAACGGAGACUUUGCUGGCAGUGCCUUCCGUAACGGGCGCCGCAGCUGCCUGCCGGCGCCGUGUCCCGACACCAGCAACAUCAACCUCUGGAACAUCUUGAGAAACAACAUCGGCAAGGACUUGUCCAAAGUGUCCAUGCCUGUGGAGCUCAACGAGCCUCUCAACACCCUGCAGCGUAUGUGUGAAGAGCUGGAGUACAGCGAGCUGCUGGACAAAGCUGCUGAGACCGAGGAUCCCUUUGAACGCAUGGCUCUCGUUGCUGCUUUUGCCGUCUCAGGCUACUCAUCCACUUACUACAGAGCAGGAAGUAAGCCAUUUAACCCGCUACUCGGAGAGAGUUAUGAAUGUAUUCGGGAAGACAAGGGCUUCUGUUUUUUCUCAGAACAGGUGAGCCACCACCCUCCCAUCUCCGCCUGCCACUGUGAGUCAAAGAACUUCACCUUCUGGCAAGAUGUGAGAUGGAAAAACAAGUUCUGGGGGAAAUCGAUGGAGGUUUUACCGAUCGGGACCGUGAAUCUCAAUAUUCCCAGGUUUGGAGAUCACUAUGAAUGGAACAAAGUCACCACCUGUGUGCACAACAUCCUCAGUGGACGGCGGUGGAUCGAACACUACGGGGAGAUCACCAUCAGAAACACAAAGAGCAGCGCUUGCCUCUGCAAACUUACAUUCGUGAAGGGAAACUACUGGAGUUCUAAUGUGAACGAGGUUCAAGGAUUUGUGAUGGAUCAAGAAGGGAAAGUCAUCCACAGGCUUUUUGGAAAAUGGCACGAGGGUGUUUACUGUGGCGUCCCACCUUCUGCCAAAUGCAUCUGGAGGCCAGGUUCCAUGCCCACAGACUAUGAGCUGUACUACGGCUUCACCAGGUUUGCCAUUGAACUGAAUGAGCUUUGCCCCGAGUUGAAGGACGCUCUGCCACGUACAGACGCCCGAUUCAGGCCCGAUCAAAGGCAUCUGGAGGAGGGGAACUUGGAGAUGGCAUCCUCGGACAAGCAGCGCAUUGAGGAUCUGCAGAGAGUCAGGAGGAAGUGGAACGAGGAGAACAACAUCAAACUGGAGCCACGCUUCUUCAAGAAAGUGGUUGAUGCCAAUCACAGGGAGAGGUGGGUCUCCAACAACACGUACUGGGAGCUCCGCAAAAACCCCGGCUUCAUCAACAUGGAGUCUACAGUGACCCUGUGGUAGCACACGGAUUGCCACGUCCAUCAUAUCGUCAUCGCAGACAACACAACUGUUACCUAUGCACAAUAAGGUGUUAAGAGAAACAUGUUGAAGACGAAACAUCCGUGUGCAGGGACACGAGCGACUGCAGAGCUGAGGGAUGGCCUGAUGCCCAGCGACCCUGUCGAGGUUCUGCGGCACUGCCACAUGGUCAUCCAUCCAUGGAAACAUCCUGUAGGAUCACCUUCAUUGUGCUUGUGGAAGCUGGGUUGUCAGGGCAACAAUCGUACCACUCCUAUGUAGAUCUCUCCUCAGCUCCUCUGACUUCUGAGUAUGUCCUUGCCUUAAAAAGACACACGAUUUAGCGUUCUUUCGUUGAAGCCAUUUGAUUUCUGACAGCAGUUUGGGUUAGACUAAUCUAUGAAGUAGACCUUUUGAUUACCUACGAUACCUAUGUGCAUGUUUAGAGAGCAGCUUUCACUGGCAUAAAGCCGCAUUUACUGUAUCAUCAAUUAUCAUAGAAAAAAGGUAUUUUUAUAAAAUAUCUUGGACUCGGAAUUUAGUGAAAUAGUAUUAUGUGAAUUUGCAGAUUUCAUUUACUUUCGCCUUUUUUUUUUAAUACUGUUGAAUCUGUGAUAGCAGUACUCUCUCUCGGGAAACGACUCAUUCAAAAUUAAUCUCGGCUGCAGCAGAGAAAGUAUGGCGUCCAUAGAUGGAAUUUUUAAUGAAAACGUUCAAGCAGCAGCUCUCAAAGCUGAUGGUGGAAUGGAAAGAUAAGAAGGUAUUAAUAUAUUGUAAAUCUAUUCUGGUGUUUUGGACAUGUGAUGUAGGAGACUACAACCUUUGCAGAUGCUUUUUAACAGUCAACACAGUCAUCGGUCAUGGGGUCCAAUUUCUGUGUAAAUAGAGGGACAACCUCACCUCACCAGCCCCACUGUCUAAUUUUAAACAUUGUUACAUGAAACCAACUCCUCUGAAUCACAUGGUUACAUAAAUACUCACAUAACUCCACAUGUAGUAGGUGCACCAUAUAUAAUGGAUACUCUCAAACAUCAAACACAUCCGACUCAAAGGUCUCAGAAAAGAUGGUGUAGCAGGUUGUAAAGACGGUAAAGCCCUCACAGACACUUUAUAAAUAGACUUGACAGUGAAACAUGAGGAAAACUGUCACGAGGCUAAACACUCGUCUGCAUCCAGCGAUGGAAUUAUUUUUAAAUCAUCAAAAAAGUAUUUAAUCAACAAAUUAUUCAUUUUCUGUCACAGUUCACCAAAGCAACGUCUUAAAUUUACAUCCUUGUUCUGACUAACAACCAAAAACUUAAAAUGAUAUGAAAGAAAAAAAAAAGACUAUUACCAGCUACUGUUGGUUAUUUCUCUCGUUUGAUUACCUGCAUGAUUAAUCAAUCAAAUACAUUUUCUUUUGAUGAAUUAGUGUCAGCAUUCCUAUGACUCAUUCAGCCAAAGGUAUGGUUUAAAUACACAAUAUGAAACACCAGAGCCACCUGCAGGGCAUCCCGUGACAAUGCAGUCUACUGUAGGGCAACAAUAUAAAUAUUUCUUUAAAUGUUUAACAUGUUAAAGGCAAGCAAGUGUUGUACAGUAACAAUUAUACUGUUCCAGAAUCUAAAUGUGUGAUUCCCCAGAGACUUUACUGCUAUGAUCUGGGCUUCUGCAAAGCACCAGUUACCUAUUUGCAUUUUGUGUAUUUAUUGCAAAGCAGAACAGCUUUAAUGUUUUUAACUAGUGUUUUAUGUUACAGAGUAAGAAACUAUAACACAGGACCUCUGAGUGAAAUCCACCCCCCGACACACACACACACACACAUAAUCACACGUAGUCUCACAUAUUUAAGUUGAUUCCCCUCGUUUGGGACCGCAGGGUGACGACAUUGAAGGAAUAUAAAUAUAUAGAAUGAAAACUAUGUGAAGCAAAUCCAUCUUGUGUGCACUGUUCAUAUGGUACUGUAGAUUACAAACCAAAAUGGUAGUACUGCUUUGCAUCCAUAUCUUUUUUUUUAUGUACUUAAUGUGCUUUUAAUUUUUAUCCCUGAUCACAAACUCUACAACUUGUCGUCAGUUUCACUUGCUGUGCCUUAAUGCAUUUUUUAAUGCCUCACAAACACACUACUGAUAAGAAUCCCCAAGCCAAGAAGGUAUGCCAUUAACAAGCCCCGCACAUUACCCAGUCUCCACCGAUGAUAAGUUAUACUGAUAGUGUUGAGGGUUUAGUUGUGGACAAAAUGUCUAAAGUCUUAAAGGGAGAUGUCUUUGACAUUAGAUGAGGAGAAAAGGUUUGAGUGUAAAACGCUUGCAGAGUUAAAAGAGGUUCUGCACUGCUCUGCUACUCCAACAUGUAACCAGUACAUGUUUGGUGAUCACUGUAAAUACAGCACAUUUAGAAGAUGGCUAACGACUGCAAAAGCUGAUUCUUUUUUCCUCCCACAGCAGUGAUUUCUUUUCUUUUUUUUAAUAAGACUGAAUCCCAGCGGUUGUGUGUGGAUGUAGGAGCAAUGCUUUGAAUAGUGUUUGGUAUCAUAGUCAGACUGUAGUGCAAAAAAAAAAUAAUAAUCAUGAAAACCUCGUCAUGCUCUCUUCAUCCACGGUUCUACCUGCAUGUCUAGACAACUUAGCCUGCUAAUGAAUGUUGCAGAUGCCUUACCAAAAAAAAAAAAAAAAAAGGUUUUUAAUUUCUCAAUUAGAUUCAUGUUUUUUUGUUUUGGACUGACAUCACAAAGCACUGUGUCAGCUCACUUUCUUUCAAAUCUAUUUCCUGAUGGGUACCUUCGAAAGUGCAAUUUUAACAAAGUACAUAUCUUUCCAUGAACACUGUACACUGCUGCUACAUAGUGCUUGUUCUAAUAAAACUGUACAACUCA